AUGAAGCUCUCCAUUCUUCUCUCUUUUGCCGUUGGCAUCGUUGCCGCUCUCAAAUCUGACAAGCUCAGCCAUCUGCAGCCCCUGAAGAGGACCGCGAGGCCGAGCGAGCUCAUUGGCGACUUCACCAGCCGCCUGGCUCGCGGCAUUGCUCUGACCACUCGCCAGGAGUCUAGGGCGGCGCUACAGAGGGUGCCGGUGGAUGCUGCCGAGUCUGUCGUUCGCCGCCGGGGCGAGAGCCUCACGGCUGUUCGCCAAAUGCGCAGACAAGUCUCUGCGAGCGACUUUUACGAGUGUUCAACCACGAGCCCGGCUCCCAACGACGCCGACUGCCAAGUGAUUGCGAACUCGCUCAAGGCAUCCAGCGAGGACAUCGUGGUGGCCCAGAACGCGUGUCUCACCUUCAGUUUCGCGACGUGCCAGGGCUUCUUCUGCUCUCUCUGCGGCACCUUGCAGACCUCGACAGACUUUAUCGGCAACCAGCUCGACCUGGUCGAAGGGUUGUGCGUGGCCAAUGGCCAGGCGGGUACCAUUGUCAGCGAUCAAUCUCCGCAGUGGGACGCUGGCUUUGUUACCACAGGCAGUGGCCUGCCGAGCUACGAUGUGUGCUAG